AUGCAAGGGACUGUUUUGUAUAUUUAUUUUGCCAUGAUGAUGCUGGAAGUGGCAAGUUCUGCAAAGGGCUGGUAUGCUCAGAAGCUGAUGAGUGACUUGAUGGAGAACUAUUCCAAUGCUCUGCGACCAGUGGAGGACACUGACAAGGCACUUAAUGUCACUUUGCAGAUUACCCUGUCCCAAAUCAAAGACAUGGAUGAAAGGAACCAGGUACUGAUAGCGUACCUGUGGAUCAGACAGACGUGGCAUGAUGCUUACCUGAAGUGGGACAAAGAUGAGUAUGAUGGCCUGGAGGUCAUUCGCAUCCCCAGCAGUUUGGUGUGGCGACCCGACAUAGUCCUUUAUAACAAGGCAGACGAUGACUCGGGCCCAGUGGACACCAACGUGGAGUUGAGAUACAAUGGGGAGAUUAUCUGGGAUGCGCCUUCCAUCACUAAGAGCUCCUGUGUCGUGGACGUCGCUUACUUUCCCUUUGACCAUCAGCAGUGCAAUUUGACCUUUGGAUCAUGGACUUACAAUGGAAACCAAGUGGACAUCAUCAUGGGGAUGAACAGCGGUGACCUGUCCGACUUUGUGGAGAACGUGGAGUGGGAGUGCCACGGAAUGCCGGCCAAGAAGAGCGUCAUCAUGUACGGCUGCUGCGCGGACCCGUACCCGGACAUCACCUACACCGUGCUGCUGCAGCGCCGCUCCUCCUUCUUCAUCUUCAACCUGCUGCUGCCCUGCUUCCUCAUCUCCUUCCUGGCGCCGCUCAGCUUCUACCUGCCCGCCGACUCCGGGGAGAAGGUCUCGCUGGGCGUCACCGUGCUGCUGGCCCUCACCGUCUUCCAGCUCAUGGUGGCCGAGAGCAUGCCGCCGGCCGAGAGCAUGCCACUCAUGUGGAAAUACUACAUUGCAACCAUGACGAUGAUAACAGCGUCCACUUCACUGACCAUCUUCAUCAUGAACAUCCACUUCUGUGGGGCUGAAGCCAAGCCUGUUCCUCAGUGGGCCAAAGUCCUCAUUAUAGACUACAUGUCCAAGAUCUUCUUUGUGUAUGAAGUAGGGGAGAGCUGUACCUCCCCGAAGGAGGAGGCCCAGGAUGACCACCACCACACCCAAACCCAAACCCACUACCGCAACCGGCUGCACCACAAGCAGAAAAACCACCAGCCGCAAAAGACUCAGAACAACCAGUCUUGCCCUCAGCCCUAUGGCAAGGGUGGAGGACGCUACCCAAAGUCCUGCUCUCAACCUCUCCCCAACAUCCCUGAGGAGCACAAAGAGCUCCCCAAUUCUAACCCCCAGGUUUCACAGACAUAUAAGGGUUUGGAGUCUAAGAGUUGCCUGAAGGAGGCUCCACCGCCAUGCUGUCCCGAUGAGGAGAAGCCUGCCGCCUUCGCCACCUGUCGCUCCUGCCAGUUCCGCUGUCACCACGACUGCGGAGAUGGAGGGCUGCUCCCGGGGGAUGACUCGAAGCUGUUGCGCAACGUGGAAUACAUCGCCAACUGUUUCCGUGAGCAGCGGGCCACCAGCAUCAAGGUUGCCGAGUGGAAGAAGGUGGCUAAGGUGAUGGACAGGGUUUUCAUGUGGAUAUUCUUCGCCAUGGUCUUCCUCAUGAGCAUUAUCAUCAUGUUUUAGUGCCCCUGAAAGCCUAGUUUGUACAAACAAAGCCCCACACAACAUCUAACCUCAUCUACAUGGUAAGUACAGUGUACCCUCCUUUUGUGCUCUGACACUUGGCACUCACUUUGUGGAAGCAUAAGUAUUAGCCUUCUGUGCUUAAAACUAAAGUGGUGCCACAAAGUCCUUUAGACGGUCCAACCUUUUUAGGUUUAGUUUUUUUCCCCCCAAAAUUGAUUAUUUCAAUAUCUUGAUUAAGAAAUUAAUCAAGAACUUCCUUAAGAA